AGUUUUCCUCCAGAAUGCACAGAGGUCAUGAAUGUUGUUAUUCAGAUUGUCAAUAAAAUAAUGGCAAAAGGUUUAAAUCACCGCCAGUUCCGUUCAUUACUGGAUGAGGUGGAGAGCGCAUACUCUGAUCUCCUGCUGCAUAACAGAGUCCGGUGGCUGUCCAGAGGAGAGGUGCUGAAACGUUUUGCUGCAUGUCUGGGAGAGGUGAAAACUUUCAUGAGCAGCAAAGGGCUCACCUUUCCUGAGCUGGAACAGCCAGAGUGGCUGGAAAAACUCCACUUCAUGGUGGACAUGACAGCGAAACUAAACACGCUGAACACAACGCUUCAGGGGAGAGGAGGCACAGCGCUGCACAUGCUGGAGGAGGUGUUGGCGUUUGAGCGCAAACUGACAGUUUUAGCCAGAGAUUUACAGAGAGGCACACUGUCUCACUUCCCCUCUUUAAGGGAGUUCAAACAAGCUCACGGAGUGAUCAAUUCAGAGUAUUUGCAGUCUGCAAUCACCACAAUGCAAGCGUCGUUUGGUAAACGAUUCCGUGAGUUCAGAGAGGAAAAAAACACAUUGUCCUUCCCCGUCACUCCCCUGACCAUUGAUCCAUCCCUGCUAAACGUGAAUGCAUUUGCAGGUGUAAGUCAACCUGCUCUGGAGCUGGAGCUGGCUGACAUAGCUGACAAAGACAUUUGGGUGUCCAAAUUCAAACGCUUGACAGAGGACCUUGAAGAUGUUGCCCGUCAGAAGGCCACUCUUGCUCAGAAUCACAAAUGGAGUGAUAUUGAGAACCUCCCGAGACCGGACAAACUCAUAUUUGAAACAUGGAAUGCCAUCCCCGACACCUACACGAACAUGAAGAAAUAUGCCUUUGGAGUCCUGUCGAUCUUCGGAUCCACAUAUGUAUGUGAGCAGCUAUUCUCCACCAUGAACUGCAUUAAAAACAAACACCGCUUACGGCUCACAGAUGACAGCUUACAGUCCUGCGUAAAGAUGAAAGUGACUUCGUACAGCCCCGAUUUGCAGAAGCUGUGCGCAGAGGUUCAGGAGCAGAAGUCCCAUUAACCAGGUCAAGGCUCCGCUGCAUACUUUGAAAGCCCAAGGCGAUAUAAGGAUGACGGCUCACGGAUUUUUCCCUUUUGUUUGCUGCAUGCACAAUUUAAAUUCAGCUUUUUAAUUUAUUCGAAAGAGACAUUCAGACAUUAUUAUUUUUUCAAGAAUUCAAAAUGUGUUCAUUACAUCGGUAAAAUUUAAUUUUCUCCGUAGCACUUCAUAAGACAUAACCACACUAUAGUUGUUUAUACAAAGUGUAAAGGUAAGAAAAAGCAAUAUAUACAGUGUUAUCUUCAUUUUAGAUAAGAUAAAUGGAUAUAAGGAUGACGCCUCAUGGCAUUUUUCUGCUUUCGUUUGCUACAUGGACAAUUUAAAUUCAGCUUUUUAAUUUAUUUGAAAGAGACAUUCAUUGUUAUUAUUUUUCAAGAAUUCAAAAUGUUCAAAAUGUGUUCAUUAAAUGAAUAAAAUGUAAUUUUCUCUGUAGCACGUGGAUUUCAUAAGAAACAUGCUGCGGUAAAGUAGUAGAAGUUUUUUUGUUUCAUUUUAGAUAUGCGGCUCCCAGUGUUUUCUUUUCCGUGGAAACCGGGUUCAAAUGGCUCUUUCGGUGUCAAAGGUUGCCGACCGCUGACCUGGACUGUUCACUGCCCCUGGCCAACAAUGUGAGCAGUCCACGAUUGCUGACAACCACGGCAGUUGCUGCAAUCGUUGUCACUAUCACCACACUCUUCAUUGUCACAGUUGUCCUUGCCGUAUUCCUCUACCGCAAACGAAAAGAACAAUCCCAGGACAUUGAAUUAGAAAAAUAGUUCUAUGUUUUUCAUUUGUUAAUGUUCGAUAAGUGAUUAUCACAAUUGUUGACAUUGUUUGUUAUGUUAAAUCUUUUACCGCUAUGGCAUUUUGAUUAAAAUCUCACU